GCGCCUAUGAUCAGCCUGUCCCUCCUGGCGUCGUGGUCGAGCCGCCGCCAAGGAAGCCGCCGUGCUGCCCCAUCCAGAUGGCGAUCUUCACCAUCAACCUGCUCAUCGGCCUCGCGUGGUCCUCGACCAUGCCUCUCUGGGCGGCCGACGGCCCGCUCGACGACUGGAAGCUCUUUGUGAAGAUCUGCACGAUGUGGUGCCUCAGCUACAUCAUGGUGCACGUGGGCUACGAGUUCGACAUCGACAAGACGCGCCUCGGAUCGUACGCCAAGGACUACUUCGUCGCGAUGACGGCGGCCUCCUUCCCGUGGGCCUUUGUGGCGCUCUGGUUCAUCUUCGCGCUCCCCACGCCGCUGGACUGGGUGGACGCGCUGCUGGCGGCGCGCUUCGCGGCGCCGACGUCGGCGGGCAUCCUCUUCUCGAUGCUCGAGGCCGCGGGCAUGAAGGAGACGUGGCUCUUCAAGAAGGCGCGCAUCCUCGCCAUCUUCGACGACCUCGACACGAUCCUCCUCAUGAUCCCGCUCAAGAUCCUCGUCGUCGGCGCAAAGUGGGAGCUCGCCAUCGAUCUCACCAUCAUCAUCUUCCUCCUCGUCGUCCUCUACGUCUUCCUCCACGCCGUGCGCAUCCCAAACUCGUGGCAGUUCACCAUGCUCUACGCCUCGCUCGUCACCAUCUUUUGCGAGCUCCUCCACUUCUUCACGCACGACUGCCGCAUCGACUCGGGCGAGAAGAUCGACACGGUCCACCUCGAGGUCCUCCUCCCCGCCUUCACCAUCGGCUGCAUCGCGCGCGCCGGCCGGCACACAAACAUGCCGCAGCCGGGCCGCGCGCUCGGCGACCGCUCCCACUCCUUCUUCAUGCGGGCGAGGGCGACGCCGUCGAUCAUCGCGGAGCGCGUCUCGCGCAUCGACGAGCACAAGGUGAACACGAUCAUCUCGGCAACUUUCAUGCUCUUCGUCGGCCUCUCCAUGCCGCCCCUCGUCGACGUCGACGACGGCGAUGGCAGCCACCGCAUGCUGGCGGUCGACGAGGGCUGCGGCGGCGACGAGAGCCACCGCAUGCUCGCGGCCACCAAGUACAACGGCACCGACCCCUCCGAGGAGGAGACGAUGGCGGCGGGCACGCUGAUCUUCCACGUCGCGAUGGUCUCCCUCCUCAUGAUCGUCGGCAAGAUGUUCCCCUGCUGCGUCUACCGCGACGAGGCCAACUUCAAGACGCGCCUCGCGCUCUCGCUCGGCAUGUGCCCGCGCGGGGAGGUUGGCGCCGGCGUGAUCGUCAUCUCGCUCGCCUUCGGGAUCGAGGGCGACGCCAUCUCGAUCGCGGUCAUCGCCCUCGCGGUGAACCUUAUCCUCUCCUCCCUCUUCAUCCUCGCCGUCAAGUCGCUCGCCGGCACCGAAGGGGAGGGCGUCGCGCUCGAAGCAAAGCCGACGGUGGGCGGAGCAGAGCCUGCGGAGCUCGACACGGUGGCGACCGCGUCCAACGGGUCGGCCGAAAAGGGCUCGGGCGAGCCCGGCGUGGGGUGGAGUCAGGAGGCCUAGAGCGGCCGCCCUGGGCAGCGACUAGGCGCCGCU